UAACUAUAGAAAAGUGAUAUGGUGUGUGAAAUUGACUGUUUUUAGAUUUUUAAAUGUUUAUUAACGUAAUGGUUAAGCAUAUAUUUACGUAAAAUUACAAGUAAUAUUGUAAAGAGCUAUUAGACAUAUGCAAAAAUCUGUAAAUGAGAUGUGAAUAACUUAUUGGAAUUUGAAAUGCCUGAACCACCUAAAGUAACUGGUUUGUCUCCAAAAGAAGGUCCUCCUGGUACUAAAAUUACUAUUAGAGGAGAGAAUUUGGGUGUAUCACAACAGGAUUUAAUAGGUCUGACAAUAUGUGGAGCAGACUGUUUGAUGUAUGCAGAAUGGAAAUCACCUAGUAAAAUAAUUGCUAGAUGUGGUGCAGCAAGUGCAGGUAUUCGUGGAGAGGUGACAGUGAUAACACGAUCGAGUGGAAAGGGAACUUGUACUGUGCAAUUUCGCUGUUUUUUAGAACCAAUCGAUUUAACCAAAGAAUCUGCAAUUUGGGUAGAUGAAUCUCAUAUGAUUACUGUUUCUUAUGGUAGAAAUAGACCAACUUCUCCAUCACAGAUUCAUCCUGAUGAUCCUCUGAGAUUAUCAGAUGAAGGAAAUAUAGGAAGAUUUCCAGAAGAAGAAUUGCAUGACAUGUUUCCUGAAGGUUCUGGUAAUUUACUAUCAGAAAAUUUUGUUCCUGCUUGGUAUUUAUUAGAAAAUCAUCAUGGUGCAAGUUUUGAUGCUCUUCAAGCUGGUUUAUCUUGUUUGAAAUGGAAAGUUGGACAACGCAAAGAAGGACCAAUUGCAUUUUUAAAAUCAAAUGUAUUGUCAAUUGUGGAUUGUCUUGAUGUUCUAGUUUCACUUCAGUCAUUAUUGAUUAAAGAUAAACAAGAAGCUGGAGUUGAUCUGACAAAGAAAUUAGAAGAUGCAAUAACUAAAUCAAAACAGAAUGCAGAUUUACUCUUUCAAGAAGUUUUAGCAAGGAAAGAUAAAGCCGAUUCGACACGUAAUGCUUUAGGUGUUCUCCAAAGAUUUCGAUUUUUGUUUAAUCUUCCGGCAAGCAUAGAACGUAACAUACAAAAAGGUGAUUAUGAUGUUGUGAUAAAUGAUUAUGCAAGAGCAAAACAACUGUUUCAUGAUACUGAAGUAGCUGUAUUUAAAAAAGUUUAUCAAGAAGUGGAACAGAGAAUUGAACAAUUUCGAAAUAUGUUGGCUGGAAAUUUAAAGAAAUUGCCUUGUAGUAUGGAUGAACAGAAAAAAUUAAUCAGAUAUUUAGUCAAUUUGGAAGCUCCAGGAGAUCCAGCAUGGGGCACAAUUCAAAACUUUACAACAUGGAUAAUGAACAGCAUGAAUAUGAGUCGUGAUCAGUAUCUUAACUCCAUAAAAGAAUUAGAGAAAGAAAAUGAAGACCAGUCGUUAUCUAAUGACAGUUCCUGGGAAAACGACACUCCUCAAGUUGUAUUAUUUGUAGAAGAAAUAACAAAGUUUUAUUCUGAAAAUUUUCCAGAAUUAUGGAAAUUAGGACAAGCUUACCUUAAUGGACAACUGAAUAUAAGAGAGGUACAAGUACAAAAUAAUCAUCAAAUAGAUAAGCAGAUUGCUUUUAAGACAAUGGUUCUUGAUGUAACAAACAGAAUGUGCAACUUAUUGAGAGCGGCUUUGCUUUCUCACACAUUGAACACAUUACAUCUUCAACAGUUGGCCAAUCUUGGUUGUUGGCCAAAAUCACAGACGGGAGAAGUAUUGCGAGGUUGGUUACCGUCAUGUAUUCGUUCACUCAGACAAUGUUAUUCAUCAAUUUUAAAACUGGAUUUACCUGAAGAUAUUUUGAAUGUGAUUCAACAGCUACUUUUUGACCUUCGUGUUUUCACCAUGACUACUUUGUUCACACAAGCAACUGAUGAUGUUCAAAAUUUACAUUUACGUGAGACUUGGGAUGUCGAAAUUGAUGAUCAAAAUGGAGCAACUACACAACUCCCAUUAUUGUUUGAAAAUAUAGUAGUGGAAACUCUGCAGAGAAUACGAGAUACAGUAUUGCAUUGCGGUCCAACAGAAAUCGAAAUCUUCAGUCAAAUAACUGUACAAGCAAACAUUAAACAUUUGUCACAAAGCUUGCUACAAGCAUUUGUUGUUGCUCUAGAAAAAAUGGCAUUUCCACCAGUAACACAGAAAUCUACACCAGUUAAGUUAUUUCCAAUAGCAGCUGAUCCAUCUGGUGUUGAUAACUAUCAAGACAUCACAUCUGGAGACAAACGAUUGUUAAUCAUUCUUAGCAAUUCUUCUUAUACGACGCAGAUAAUUAUACCAAGGUUACACGAAACGUAUCAAAAAUAUAAUUAUCCAGACAUGNUAAAAAAAUCUUUCAAAACCUGUCGCAGUCAUUUGACCGGAAUUGGAGACACCAACGAUAAAGAGUAUGACAAACGAUUGUUAAUCAUUCUUAGCAAUUCUUCUUAUACGACGCAGAUAAUUAUACCAAGGUUACACGAAACGUAUCAAAAAUAUAAUUAUCCAGACAUGUCAUUAGUUAUUAAGUGUAGUCAAGCUAAAUACAGAGAAUUAGAAGCAAAAUUAUUUCGAGCUUAUCUAGAACGAAAAUGUGACCCAAUCAUUGGUGCUAUCGAGCCUAAAAUGUAUGCAAAUCAAUUUGAUUGGAAGAAAUGCCCAAAGCCUGUUGGUGUUAGUGCUUAUGUUAAAGAUGUCAUUAUGAAUAUGAUUGCUGUUCAUGCCGAAGUUUUCAGUGUUUCGCCACCGUUUGUGGAGAAAGUAAUGACAAGAAUUGUGGAAGCAGUCAUUGAAGAACUUAGUAGAUUAUUUCAAUGUGUAGGAAUAUUUUUGCAAGAUGGAAAUAUUCAGGCCACUUUGGAUAAUAAAGCCCUAGAAAUAACAUUACAAGAUUACCAAACUUAUAAUAGUGGCAUGUUUUAUUAAUGAAGUAUAUCUGUCAUUUGAAUGUAUUUGUUCAUAAACAUGGCCAGUUGACUGUGUGGUGAGUUGUCAUCCUAUCAUAGGGUGAUCUGGAUUUAAAUUUAAUUCAAACCUCCAAAUCUUAUGAUUAGUGGUAAAAGCUGGAGGCAAUCUUUCCUGUUUUUCACUCAUCUGGACAAUUUACUAUGGAUCAUGUUUGCUCUGUGUGUGAGCUUAGAACCUUCGUAUAGCCUUUAUAUUCUUGUGCAUAACUUGUAUAGGGUGUCCAAAAAGUUACCGUGCAGUUGUACAUAUUACAUUACGUUCCAUGGAAUUUGGUCUCCUAGGUCUAUGGUUCUCACUCCCCCAGAUUUGGGGGCUUUCAAAGAUAUUUCCAGCUGUUGCUGUAGAACAGGGCUGUCCAACUGGCGGCCCACGGGUCGUAUACGGCCCGUGAGUACAUUUUACUAUGAAUAAAUUUAUGUUACUAAAUUAUUAUUAUUAAUAUUAAAAUUAUUUUACUAUGUGAAAAUUUAAAUCUAAUUUGAAUUUAAAGUAGGUACUAUUUAGUUUGCGUAACUUCACUUAACCUGGCUGAAUACAGCAGCAACCUUCUUGGCCCCCGAAAUGUUUGGUGAAGAAAAUAUGGCCCGCGGGCUAUGAUAAGUUGGACAGC